GCGUAGCUCCGGUUGCCUGGGCUCCCCCCUGCCCAAGACUCGCGCUGCGCCCCGCCUCCUCGCCAGCACGGUCCGCAGCGCAGCCGAGAUCCGCUCCGGACGUCGGGAGAAGGUACGGCUUAGAAGGAGCGAGAAAGCAAAAGUGUUCCUGGUACCAGAGAGCUGAAGUAAUGAGAAGGCAUCAUGGAGGCCCAGUCCCACAGCUCCCCAACCACUGAGAAGAAAAAAGUCGAGAGUUCUGUAGUGAAAUGCUCCACUCGAACAGAUGUCAGUGAGAAAGCCGUGGCCUCCAGCACUACUUCCAAUGAUCAUGCAGCAUUUUGCUGGCCUUUUGUCUGGGGAGAUACACAUUCACCGAGGCAAUGCCAAGGAUGAAAGUCCUGGACAGACCUAUCACAGAGAGAGAAGAAACGCAGUCACUAUGCAGCCACAGAGUGUCCAGGGGCUCAGCAAGAUCAGUGAGGAGCCUUCAACAUCUAGUGACGAGAGGGGCUCACUGAUCAAGAAGGAGAUCCAUGGGUCUCUGCCGCACUUGGCUGAGCCUUCCGUCCCAUACCGUGGGGCUGUGUUCGCCAUGGACCCCAGGAACGGUUACGUGGAACCUCACUACCACCCUCCUCACCUGUUUCCUGCAUUCCAUCCUCCUGUGCCAAUCGAUGCAAGACAUCAUGAGGGGCGUUACCAUUACGAUCCAUCUCCAAUUCCUCCAAUGCAUGUGCCUUCUGCUUUAUCUAGUAGCCCAACAUAUUCGGACCUGCCCUUCAUUAGGAUCUCCCCACACCGGAACCCUGCUGCAGCUUCUGAGUCCCCCUUCAGCCCUCCACAUCCUUACAUCAACCCUUACAUGGACUACAUCCGGUCUCUGCACAGCAGUCCAUCCCUCUCUAUGAUCUCUGCAGCCCGGGGGCUGAGUCCCACAGAUGCGCCACAUACUGGAGUGAGUCCAGCAGAGUACUAUCAUCAGAUGGCUCUGUUAGCCGGACAGCGCAGCCCCUAUGCAGACAUCAUUCCGUCGGCUGCCACCACUGGCGCUGGGGCCAUCCACAUGGAAUAUCUUCACGCCAUGGAGAGCACCAGAUUCCCGAGCCCAAGGCUGUCAGCCAGGCCAAACCGAAAACGUACACUGUCCAUAUCACCACUAUCCGAUCAUAGCUUUGACCUUCAGACCAUGAUAAGGACGUCUCCUAACUCCUUGGUCACAAUUCUCAAUAAUUCUCGCAGCAGCUCUUCAGCAAGUGGCUCCUAUGGUCACUUAUCUGCAAGUGCAAUCAGCCCUGCCUUGAGUUUCACCUACCCUUCUGCACCUGUGUCUCUCCAUGUGCAUCAACAAAUCUUAAGCAGACAGCAGAGCUUAGGCUCAGCCUUUGGACACAGUCCUCCGCUCAUCCAUCCUGCCCCAACAUUUCCAACACAGAGGCCUAUUCCGGGGAUCCCUACAGUUCUGAACCCUGUACAGGUCAGCUCUGGCCCUUCUGAGUCCUCACAGAACAAGCCCACAAGUGAGUCUGCAGUGAGCAGUACUGGUGACCUGAUGCACAACAAACGAUCUAAGAUCAAACCUGAUGAGGACCUCCCUAGCCCGGGGCCACGGGGUCAGCAGGAACAGCCAGAAGUUACCACCUUGGUGAAGGAAGAAGGGGACAAAGAUGAAAGCAAGCAGGAGCCUGAAGUUGUCUAUGAGACAAACUGCCACUGGGAAGGCUGCACACGGGAGUUUGACACCCAAGAGCAGCUGGUGCACCAUAUAAAUAAUGACCAUAUCCAUGGAGAAAAGAAGGAAUUUGUGUGCCGGUGGCUGGAUUGCUCAAGAGAACAGAAACCCUUCAAAGCCCAGUAUAUGCUGGUAGUGCAUAUGAGAAGACACACAGGAGAGAAACCUCACAAAUGCACUUUUGAAGGUUGCACAAAGGCCUACUCACGACUAGAAAACUUGAAAACACACUUGAGAUCGCACACUGGAGAGAAACCGUAUGUCUGUGAACAUGAAGGUUGCAACAAGGCUUUCUCAAAUGCUUCUGAUCGUGCCAAGCACCAAAACAGAACACAUUCCAAUGAGAAACCAUACGUGUGCAAAAUCCCAGGCUGCACUAAGCGCUACACAGACCCCAGCUCCCUUCGGAAACACGUGAAGACAGUGCAUGGUCCAGAGGCUCAUGUUACCAAGAAGCAGCGUGGGGACAUACAUCCUCGGCCCCAACCCCCACGAGAUUCUGGCAGCCAUUCACAGUCCAGGUCACCCAGCCGGCAGACUCGGGGAGCCCUUGGUGAGCAAAAGGACCUCAGCAACACUACCUCAAAGCGGGAGGAAUGCCUCCAGGUAAAAACGGUCAAGGCGGAGAAGCCCAUGACAUCUCAGCCAAGCCCUGGUGGUCAGUCUUCAUGCAGCAGCCAACAGUCCCCCAUCAGCAACUAUUCCACCAGUGGGCUCGAGCUUCCUCUGAGCGAUGGAGGAGGUGUGGGAGACCUCGGUGCCAUUGACGAAACCCCAAUCAUGGACUCAACCAUUUCCACUGCAACCACAGCCCUUGCUCUGCAAGCCAGGAGAAACCCAGCAGGGACCAAAUGGAUGGAGCAUGUAAAACUAGAAAGGCUCAAACAAGUGAAUGGCAUGCUUCCACGACUAAACCCCAUCCUACCACCUAAAGCCCCUGCGGUCUCUCCUCUCAUAGGAAAUGCAGGCACCCAGCCUAGUAACAGCUGCAGUCUGAGUGGGCCCAUGACUCUCCUCCCAAACAGAAGUGACUUUUCUGGGGUGGAUGUCACCAUGCUGAAUAUGCUCAACAGGAGAGACAGCAGCACCAGCACCAUCAGCUCAGCAUACCUGAGCAGUCGACGCUCCUCUGGCAUCUCCCCCUGCUUCUCUAGCCGAAGGUCCAGUGAGGCAUCCCAGGCUGAGGGCCGGACCCAGAACGUGAGUGUGGCUGACUCCUAUGACCCCAUCUCCACUGACGCCUCACGUAGGUCCAGUGAGGCUAGCCAGUGCGACGGCCUGCCAAGCCUGCUCAGCCUCACACCGGCCCAGCAGUACCGCCUAAAAGCCAAGUACGCCGCUGCCACAGGUGGGCCACCACCCACACCACUGCCCAACAUGGAAAGGAUGAGUUUGAAGACCAGGAUGGCCCUGCUUGGGGAUGGCAGGGAGUCCGUGGGGGCCCUACCCCCUGUCCACCCAUCCCGGAGAUGCAGCGAUGGAACAGCUCACAGUUAUAGCCGGCGCCCUCUUCUGCCCCAGGAUGCACUGGGCCACAGUGUGAGAAGAGCCAGCGAUCCAGUGAGGACAGUCUCAGAGAGCCUCUCACUGCCCAGGGUGCAGCGUUUCAACAGCCUAAAUAGCUUCAACCCUCCAAUUUUACCUCCAUCCCUGGAAAAGCGUAACUUAGUGCUUCAGAAUUACACACGGCCCGAGGGUGGCCAGUCCCGCCACUUCCACUCAUCUCCUUGUCCUCCGAGCAUUACUGAGAAUGUCACCCUGGAGUCUCUAACCAUGGAGACUGAUGUGAACCUAAACGAUGAGGAUUUCUUGCCCGAUGAUGUGGUGCAGUACUUAAAUUCCCAGAACCAAACUGGGUAUGAACAGCACUUCCAGAGCGCCCUCUCUGAUGAUAGCAAAGUGCUCCACAGGAGUGGGCAUGGUGACUUUGAUCAACCUGGAUUGCCAGACAGCCAUGCCAGCCUACACUACAGUGAGCUGGAGCAGCCCUUCCCUGAAGCCAGCAAAGCUGACCUGCCCAUUCAAUGGAAUGAGGUCAGCUCCGGCAGUGCUGACCUGUCCUCCUCUAGGCUGAAAUGUGGCCAGCGAUCCACAGCUCAGCCAGCUCGAGCCUUUGGGUUAUACAACAACAUGGGUUCCCACCCACAGAAUUCCUUGGGGAAAGGGGCUGGCCCAGCGGGGGUAUAUCAGACCCUUGGGGAGCAGUGCAACACCUAUGGCGGGCCAGAGCACCUGGUGGGCCACAAUGGUGGGACUGGCACCAACAGAAAUGCCUUCCAUGAACAGACCUAUAAGGUCCAGCAGUAUGGUAACUGCCUCAGCAGGCAGCCCAGGGUCCCCAGCUCACUCAACAGUGCCUGUGGUGCUGGGAUUCAAGUGGCAAAGCUGAGAAGCACCACCAUGCAAGGGAAUGGGAGCCAGUCAAAUUUUGGCCUGUCAGUGGUACCCAAUGAAUCAGCUGGCAAAACAGUGAAUGGCAUGCCAAUCCGAUACCCAGUGGGACAAGGGAACUUGGCUCAUCAGUUAUUUAGUGACAGCAUGCACCACCAGGGGGCAGGUCACCUGGGGCAGCAGAUGCCAGGGCAGGUUAGCGUUACCUCACAUAUCAAUGUAUAUCAAGGACCAGAGAGCAGCCUGUCAGGGCCCCCCAAUAUUGGGGGCCAGCCAUCAAGUUUGGCAGCUGUCAGGAGCUACCUGCCAUGUGUUGGUUAUGGAGGCAGCAGGCGCCAGGCUGUGCCAAGGGGCAGCCUUACUCUGCAGCAUAGUGACACAAGUCAGACCUGCAGGGUCAACAGCAUCAAGAUGGAGAUGCAAGGGCAGCCCCAUCAACUCUGUUCUAAUGUGCAGAGUUACUCUGGUCAGUUCUAUGACCAAACCACUGGCUGCAGUCAGCAAGACAUGAAAACUGAUUCAUUCUCUAUUUCAGAAGCCAACUGCCUGCUGCAGGGGGCCAGCACCAACAACUCUGAAUUACUUUCCCCAAGUGCUAACCAGGUGACGAGCACAGUUGACAGUCUUGACAGCCAUGACCUGGAAGGGGUACAGAUUGAUUUUGAUGCCAUCAUAGAUGACGGGGACCACACCAGCCUGAUGUCAGGGGCCCUGAGCCCAAGUAUCCUUCAGAACCUUUCCCAUAGCUCCUCCCGCCUCACGACGCCACGAACAUACCUCCCAUUGCCAGCACUGUCUGUGAGCACCACCAACAUGGCCAUUGGGGACAUGAGUUCUUUGUUGACCUCCCUUGCAGAAGAAAGCAAAUUCCUUGCAGUUAUGCAGUAGGCACUAGGAAAAAAGAACUGCCAACAACAUGAACAUUUAGGAGUUGAGAAGAUUAAAUUUAGUCAGUUGGGCUGGUUUGUUUUUUCUAGUUCUGUAUGUAUUUUAGCAAUCUCAUCUCAGCUAACUGGGAUGUGUUUCAAGUAUAUUCCUUUUAUGGAAAAGGACUCUGAAAAACCCUAAAGUAUUCUAGGGAGAAGCUGUCUUCUAUUUCAGUUUGAGUCAGUAUUGUUACACUUGAACCACCAUCUUUUUAAAAAAAUACUGUAAGGCUGUCCCCUUUAUUAGUAAACCAUUGUAAAUGUGUGAUGUGCAUGUUCUUUCCUUUCGAAAGCAGGUCAGAUGAAAGGAUUUGACAUGUGUCUCUGUUACUCAAAGGAAAUAGGUGUUGGUAUGCCUUUAACCAAGGGAGUAAAUGUCCACCUUUUAAAAAUUUCCUUUAUGUAUGCUCAAUGUUUGCCUUGUUUUUUGUUUUUCUAAUUCCCACACUGGGCACAAGUAUGGUUAGUGAGUGUAAGAACCUUUUCUGGGUGAACUGUAGCAUAGAUCCUAGAUUUUUGAUGUGCUCCCAUCCCUAACUCAGUUCAGGGCAUACUUUUGACAGUUACCACAAGUAGUAAUUUGGGGCUCUUGAAAUUAAAUAGUUUGCUCACAGUUUGGGUUUAAAAUUCUUCCUGUCCAUAAUAUACAUUGAGGCAGGGGAGUACAUUUCUAUGGUCAGUUCUCAGUUACCUACUUUGCCUCCUCUCCCUCUUUCUUCAUGAGAGUUAAGUGCCAUUCAGCAUUGCAGGGAGAGAGAGGAAGCCAGUUGAUGACACUCAGACACGUUGCUUCUUUCAUCUGAUCUAGUAAGUUAGGUAGAUUAUAGAUUGAAGCUGUUGGGUAGAAUUAGUUUGGGGUAUAUUUAUGGGUUUGCUGUAUUUGUUAAUUAGGUCCAUGUCUAUCAUUAUUGUAGAUAACUGAGAAUUGAUUAUAUGUUCUAAGUACAUAAGUAUUUAAACAACCCCACAGCUGUCUGUCAUUAACAUAUGUUAACUCCACUAUAGUGAAGGACUACUAUUCUAAACAUGCUAUUUUCAGGGAUUUAUAAAAUUUAGUUGUAACAGAAAGAACUCACAUACAAUGAUAAUUAGAAUAAAUUGCUUCAACCAUUUUUGAUAUUUCAGAAACCAGGUAGGAUGUUUAGUAGCUGUAUGGAUGCCCUUUUAUACCCUAUCUAUUAAACUCUGCACCCACUUAAGAAGUUAAAUGUUCUCUGCAGUUAGUACUUAAUGUGGGCUUAAUCUGUCUUUUGUUUUAGGUUAAUACACUUAAAUAUUUUUAAAGUGCAGCUACUUCCCAUGUGCCGCAAGUACACAUAAAAACAUACCCUGUGUACAGAGUACAUGGAUUAUCUACCAUUUUACUUUUUUAAAAAUAUGUAAACUAUUAAAAUAUUAACACCUGAGACUACUUGCUGUACUCUUCCCAUUGAUCUUGGAACAAUGGAUUUAUCCAAAGUGACUCAUGCUUAAGUUGUGUGGCUUUUUACCUUUAUUACUUCCAUUUAAAUUAGCAUUAGAAAGACAAAAUCAGGUAUAAUAAAAUAUUAGAUAAUAGAACAUUAGGACCAGACCAUUUUUCUGAUCUUUAUGUUCUCUCAGACCAAGUAUCUCAGUGUGGAGGUAAACUUCCCUUUGGGACUUUGUGGCUAAGACAGUUCAGUUUGUCUUUAACUGAAUGGAUGUUCCUGAGAUUGCUAGAGGGCUGCUGAGAUUACUCCUUCACAACCUGCCAUCCUCCCACAUACAGCACCUUCUUUUAAAUCAAAUGAUGCAUCUGCUUUGGAACAGACCCCAGAA